UCGCUCGGCUCUCCCCUCAUACGGCCCGGCGCGCUGUGGGACGGCGGCAGUGCGGAGCGUACCCUCCCUCCGCUAGAGAGAGAUCGGGAAGCCCCGGGCAGGAGGGGGAUGAAGAUGGCGGACGCCAAGCAGAAGCGGAACGAGCAGUUGAAGCGGUGGCUGGGGUCGGAGACGGACCUCGAGCCGCCCAUCUUGAAGAAGAAGAAGACGAAGGUGAAGUUUGACGAGGGCGCCGUCUUUCUGGCCGCCUGUUCGAGCGGCGACACCGAGGAGGUGCUGCGAAUGCUGGAACGGGGCGCCGACAUCAACUACGCAAAUGUGGACGGUCUCACCGCCCUCCACCAGGCCUGCAUUGACGACAACGUGGACAUGGUCACCUUCCUGGUGGAGCACGGUGCCUGUGUCAACCAGCCUGACAAUGAGGGGUGGAUCCCUCUGCAUGCGGCCGCUUCCUGCGGGUAUAUGGACAUCGCUGAGUAUUUGAUCAGCCAAGGGGCCAGUGUGGGUGUGGUUAACAGCGAGGGCGAAACCCCAUUGGACAUUGCUGAGGAGGAGGCUAUGGAGGAGCUCCUGCAGAACGAAAUCAACCGCCAAGGGGUGGACAUUGAGGCAGCGCGCAAGGAGGAAGAGCGGGUCAUGCUGCGGGACGCACGGCAGUGGCUCAACAGCGGCCAAAUCGCCGACGUGCGGCACACCAAGUCCGGUGGCACAGCCAUGCACGUGGCGGCCGCCAAGGGCUACGCCGAGGUUUUAAAGCUUUUAAUCCAAGCAGGGUACGAUGUAAAUAUCAAGGACUUUGACGGCUGGACUCCACUCCACGCAGCUGCCCACUGGGGAAAAGAGGAGGCCUGUCGGAUCCUGGUGGAGAAACUGUGCGACAUGGACGCCAUCAACAAAGUGGGUCAGACGGCUUUCGACGUGGCAGAUGAGGAUGUUCUUGGGUACCUAGAGGAGCUGCAGAAGAAGCAGAACCUGCUGUUGAGUGAAAAGCGGGACAAGAAGUCUCCUUUGAUCGAAACCACGACAACGGGGGAAAACAACCAGUCACACAAGCUCAAGAACGAGACCCUGCUGCUGGAAUCGGAGAAAGCGCCAUGCAUCGAAUCCCUGGAGCCCGAGAAGGCUGAUGAGGGGGAGCAGGAGGGCAAGAAGGACGAGUCGAGCUGCUCCAGCGAGGAGGAGGAUGAGGAAGACUCGGAGUCAGAGAACGAAGGAGACAAGAGCAAGCCAUCAGCGCCUGCUGACAAUGGCAAUAGCCCCGCCGCACUUCCAGCUGCUGCCACAGUCCCACCCCCCUCAAGUUCCCCCAAUCAGGUGACUCCCACCUCGCCCGUCGAAAAGUCUGAUUUUAUUACUCCUGUCAUGCCUGUGGCAUCGGAGCCCAGCGAUCCUGCAUUAUGGCGCCAGAGCUUGCGCAAAACUGGCAUUUCUCUUGUGCCCAAAAAGGCUAUGGUAGCCCCUUCUUCUGAAAAGAUGUCAGUCAAAGAGGAGGACCGCAAGGACGAAUCCCCGGCCUCAUGGCGUAUGGGCCUGAAGAAGACAGGUAGCUACGGAGCCCUGGCGGAGAUCACGGCCCGGAAGGAAGCCCAAAAGGACAAGGACGCGGCCGGGGUGAUGCGCUCGGCAUCUAGCCCACGCCUGUCCACCGCUCUGGACAACAAGGAGAAGGAGAAGGACAGAGGAACAAGGCUGGCCUACGUGGCGCCCACGAUUCCCUCGCGGAGGCUGCUCAGCACGUCUGACAUCGACGAGAAGGAGAAUAGGGACUCGGCUGCCAGCCUGGUGCGUAGCGGCUCUUACACCAGGAGGCGCUGGGAGGACGACACCCGGAACAACGAGGGGACUGGCCCCCAAAGCAGGCCGCUUGGCUACCAACGCAGCUCGUCCCACUCGCUAGCAGUGGGGCGCAGUAGCAGCGUGCGCGAUGCCCUCACAAAGUCGCCGUCCUCCUCCAGCUUGGAGCCCGUCUCUGGUAGCACUAAGCCCUGGCACAGCCUGUCUUACAGCAUGUAUAGAAGUGGCUCCUUUGGCCGGAGGUACGAUGACCCCCUCGCUUCCAGCACCGCCUCCUCAUCCUCCACCUCUUCGUCUGUCACCUUGUCCGGUGGCCCCCGGGGCGUGCUGUCCAGCUCGGGCUCCACACCCUCCCCCGCCCCCUCCAGCGUGACCAGCAGUAGGUUUUGGUCAGAGGAGAGCGCUGAGAGGGACAUGGAGCGGGAGAAGGGGUCGGCUGCUGUCAUCCCCACGGUGGUCAACACGACCUCCACCACGGGAACAACGCUGGGCUCCGAUGGCCGGGAGAGACGCAGGUCGUACCUCACUCCCGUCCGCGACGAAGAGUCUGAGUCGCAGCGAAAGGCCAGGUCCCGACAAGCGAGGCAGUCCCGGAGGUCCACACAGGGCGUGACCCUGACUGACCUUCAGGAGGCCGAGAAAACCAUCAGCCGGACUCGCCCCACGCGGACCCGAGAGGAGGAGCAGGAAGAGAAGGAGAAGCAGGACAAGGAGAAGCAGCAGGAGGAGAGGAAGGAGGCGGAGGUGAAGGAGGAGGACUACAGGUCCAGGUUUCGCAGCUUCGAUGAGCGUUACCGGCUGGGCAGCACAUCUACAACCAUGGCCACGGUGACGUCCUCAGUUUCCUCGUCCAGUGGCCCUUUGUCCUCCAGCUCCCUCAACAGGCCCAACAGCCUAUCGGGGAUUAGCUCUACCUAUGGACGGGCCUCCAGGGAAACUGAGAAAGUGUCCGAUAAACAGGAGGAAAAGGAUGGCGAUGACAAGGCCCAGCCCAGGUCCAAACGGGAGCGACGACGUCCCCGUGAGAAGCGGCGAUCCACGGGCGUGUCCUUCUGGACCCAGGAUGGCGACGAGAACGAUCCAGAGCAGUCCGGAUCGGAGGAUGGCAGCACCCAAGACGAGCCCCAGAGUGACCGACUUCUGAGGAAUGACUCUGGAAGUCCCUUGUCCACCAACCGUUAUGACCACAACGGGAGCAGGAGGCUGUACUCAAGCAGGCUAGAUGGAGGCGAGACCACUGAUUACAAGAAGCUCUACGAACAGAUCUUGGGUGAAAACGAGAAGCUGAAGGCCCAGCUACGGCACACGGACCUGGAGCUGUCAGAACUGAAGCUGCAGCUGGAGAGGGCGACGCAGAGGCAGGAGCGAUUCGCCGAUCGUUCACAGCUGGAAAUGGAGAGAAGGGAAAGAAAAGCACUUGAAAGGAAGAUCUCUGAGAUGGAGGAGGAACUCAAGAACCUCCACCAAGUAAAGCAGGUCCAGGCCCUGCGGCAGAUAAAUGAGCGCCUCGCGGCCGAGAACCGGGCCCUGGCCCGCGUGGUGGCCCGGCUCUCAGAGUGCUGCAGCCAGCCUCGCGCCGCCAGCUCGUAGCCGCGCCCCCCGGCUGCCAAUUUCUCUCGCUCUGCCCGCCAGCAGACAGAUGCUACCGGACUUAAAAGCAGACAACCAGAGACUAAAGGAUGAAAAUGGAGCCCUGAUCCGGGUCAUUAGCAAACUGUCCAAGUAGCUAACCCCCCCUCCACAUGACACCCCGCACGCUCCCUCUCCCCACCUCCAGCCGCGACACGUGAUUGCACAUCUAGCGAUUGCAACAGCCGUCUGUCUCGAACUCGACUCCUCGUCCUCCUCCACCCGCGUACAGUCGCCUUUGCCCACCUUCGUUCCCCACCGUCAUCCGCCCUCUACCUCUGCUCCAUCCUCAUUCAUCCACCCCAGGUUAGGUCCUCCUCUCCAUCCUGCAGCUGUCCUGGAGACCCAACAACAGAGUUUACAAGCCGAAGAAAGCAUUAUGAAUGAAAUCGAAAAAAUCAAACAUGGCAGGUGGGGAACAUGGCCUCCAGAAAGAAUAUAUUUAACCAGUAAGCCUUAGUUGUACAUAAAGCAGUUGCAUUGAGAUUUCAUUUAUUCAACACCCCUUUUUUUGUGCCACAGCUGUUCAGUUUUCCUACACAUAUAGGGUUGUUUGUGAUUUUUUUGCUUUUCCUCCGAACCUGGCCCUCUCCUCCACUACCUCAUCUCUCAGCUCGCCCUUCCUUGAGUCUCACCUCUCCUCUCAUCCGCUGUUGGUUCAGUUCUCCUCAAGCCCUGUCAAUCAGCACCGAGUUACAAAGAUUCCCCAGAUUUGAUUGGACGCUCCUGCAGCCCUUUGCUGUAUUUUAACGCCCCCUUUACACACAUGAACACAUGAAUGCCUAACACACUUUAUCUCGUCUGGCUUCACUUUUUGUGUUUUUUUUUUUUCCUUGAAGAAAUAAAUAUAAUUCUCACUUGGUGAUUGCAAAAAGUGGACUUGUUGGAAUUUCACUGUAUGUGCAAUAUGCAUUUAUUUCUUAAAAUGCUUUAAGUCCAUUGAAAGUAGAAUUUUUACUCCUGCCUCCUGUCGACUACCCCCCUCCCCUUCCCCCUUUUUAAGUUUGUAAUGUAGAUUUUGGUAUUUACCCUGUGUUCUUCACUUCAUUUUAGCAGGUACUGAGUGACGCUGUAUAUAUGUAUCGUUUGAGACCAGCACAUGGCAUGCUUCACCAUUAUGGACAAACUCCGUCUGUUACUAUUAAAAUAUAAAAACUCCAGAGGACGGCGACGUGUGUUUUAAAAAGAAAUUAAUUUUAUAGUCUGAAGACAUGGAAACACAGUAGACCCUCGCUGAAGAGACAGCAUUUGCUGUCCCGUGCCGUUAUCCUUCUUCAUUUUUAAAAGUGUUCACUGUAAUUGUGAGGAAUAAUUUAAUUGCUUCACUGCAUUUCACAUUGUAUACAGUAUCUUCGGGGGAGUGCUUUUUUUUUUUUUUGCUUUUCUUUUUUAAUUGUAGUAUUAGCCAAGAUAUUGUCACUAAAGCCUAAGUAUUUCUAAUCCAGUCCUUUUACAAUGUCUACAUGCACUGUUAUUGUCAUGUGACCACUAUGUCAAAUAAAGACCAUGUGUUGGAACAUGUAUUUUAUGCAUUGCCGUGGUCUUUAAAUUUACUGUAGGGACGCUGUGGUUGGACCAUCUGGACUUAUGCAUUUUUUUAUUCUUUAGUGUUUUUUUGCUUCCUCACAGGCCUUUUUACUUGUUUCUGAUUUUUAAUCUCUGAAAGCUUUGCCGUGUUGUACGGUGUGACUUCGUCCUGACACGCACUGCUGCGGCUCCCGACCACUCGCGGAGUUCGACGACGACAAACGGUGUCCAUUGUAAAGCUUGCGUCAGCUAUUGUAUCAUGGUUGAAUAUGUUGUAUAUUUAAAAGUGACUUUAUACCCCUUUGUGAGGAAAGAGGAGAAAAAACAGGCCGGAAUGUCUAUGGUAUAUUUUAAGCUGAAAAGUGGGGGCCGGUGGCUGUUUCUGGCAGCUCGCUUCGUGUGGAUGCUCGGCUGUCUCUGUCUACCAAGCCUCGGACCCCUCUGCUGAAUCGACCAAUAGUGUGGACUGCUCUUAGCUGUGUGAGGAAAUGGCAGUCAAAGACCUGAAGGGGGCAGUCUCACGUAUACGUGCCCCUUUCUCUGAUAAGCCAGACAGCUGUAUUUCGGUUUCUUGUGUAGAUUCGACACUGCUGCUUCCGUUGGGCAUUUUAAUGUUUUAUAUAACAUACAUAAUUUAUUCGAGGUAGACGAAGAGUCUGCUUCAGCCGAGUUGAUUGCAUUGGUAGUAUAGAGCAGACCUUGUAUCCCAACGAAACCAUUUGCCAAAACACGUUUAUUUUGAGAAAAUGUAUUUUGUCCUAUACAAAUAAAAAUUAAUAAGUGAA